UGGGGACGAGAAUGAAUUGUGAUUGGACAAAAUUUCUGAGCACCAAAAUUUAAAAGGUCCAUUACCAUCGACUAACUAGAGCCAAUAAGUUACACUUUUCAUAAACACUUAGUACCAAGAUAUAUUUCAUCAAGAACCUCUUUUUCAACAGAUUAAUGGAAACUAGUAAACUAGAGUGCUGUAUAAUGGUGGAAAGCCUUAACUCCAACGGAGUGGUCACAAAACGGCGAACAUACAAGAAUAUCACAGUUGUCCUUGGCCGAGAUGAAUUUCGCGACAUUGCUCUUCGAAUUGUUAGCAGUCAGUCUCCACUGGGUAAAACUUUUCUUUUAAAAGAGUUAACCAUCCACAAAAGGUUUUUACAAGAAGGAAAGGCGACGAUUAAACUUCUAACACAGAAAACACAAAUUAUGUUUUCGAACUGCCCACCAAAUCAGCUCGCAGCUUUUUUAAAAUGCUUGACACUAAAACUUGCCCAAAGCAAACAAAAUGGACUAACGAGUAAUCGAAGACGGCUUCUCAGCGACAAGGUUCGUUCAUUUGAAAAUAUAAGUCCACUAACCGACAAAGAUUUCACCAUGGGUAGUAAGAAAAGGCCUCUUGACGACAACAAUGGCGUAACUCCAAAGAGAAUCAAAACUACAGAGAAAGAGAAUAUCACGGGUCAAGGAAACAAUGGAACGGCACGAAAACGUCUCAACUGUCUGAGUCCUUUUCAAAUAACCCUCAUACCUGAACAAAUGGCAGUGGUGAACGCAAUAAGAGCGGGAAGGAGCGUGUUUUUCACUGGAAGUGCAGGAACUGGAAAAUCAUAUCUGCUUAAACGCUUGAUAACAAUGUUACCACCUCAGAGCACAUUUGUUACAGCAAGUACCGGAGCUGCAGCUUGUCACAUUGGCGGUACCACACUUCAUGCAUUUGCAGGUAUCGGUAGUGGAAGUGCACCCCUUAGCCAGUGCGUUGAGCUGGCAUCACGCCCUGGACGUUCUCAACAAUGGAGACGAUGUAAACAUUUGAUCAUUGAUGAAAUCUCGAUGGUAGACUCUACCUACUUUGAUAAGCUUGAGGCUGUUGCCCGAGCUGUCAGGAAAAAAGAGAUUCCUUUUGGAGGAAUUCAACUGAUUCUAUCAGGGGAUUUCUUACAGCUUCCUCCAGUAACAAAACAACCAGGCACAAAAAAGUUUUGUUUCCAGGCAGAAAGUUGGAGUGAUUGCAUUGAUACAACCAUUGAACUGAAACAUGUCUUUAGACAAAAAGAUCCACUCUUUAUUUCCAUUCUACAAAAUGUGCGGGUUGGAAGUUGUUCAGAGGUGCUUGUCUCUAAGUUGACCAAAACAAAAAAUCAAACCAUAGAGCAUAAUGGAAUUCUAGCCACCAAGCUUUGCACCCACAAGGAGAAUGUGAACCAGAUCAAUGAAAUACAUUUGUCAAGGUUGUCAGGUGACAAGAAAGUAUUCCAAGCCAGUGAUAGCGACAGUGGAAUGUGUACAAUGCUUAACAGUCAUGUUCCUGUGAGACAGAACAUUGAGUUGAAAGAAGGAGCACAGGUGAUGCUGGCCAAAAACUUGAAUGUUUCCAGAGGACUUGUCAAUGGUGCCCGUGGUAUAAUUAAAGGCUUUGAAUCAGGAUCUGCUGGUUAUCCUAUUGUCAAAUUUAUAUCAGGCCUUGAGGAAGUAAUUGGUCCUGAAAAGUGGGUGGUUACGACACCUGGUGGAGGGACAGUCACUCGUAGACAGCUGCCACUCAAAUUAGCAUGGGCAGUGUCCAUACAUAAAAGCCAGGGUAUGACACUAGAUUGUGUUGAGAUCUCUCUAUCAAGAGUCUUUGAGUAUGGUCAAGCUUAUGUUGCUCUUUCAAGAGUACGCAGCCUGCAAGGGCUCAGAGUUCUGGAUUUUGAUAGCAAGUGUGUGCGUGCCCACCCAGAUGUUCUGCGCUACUAUGCAAAGUUACAACGUAAUGCAAAAAUUGAGCGAUUCAACUAUCAGAAUGAAAACAAAGAGAACAUUUGCCCUUAGCUUACUACACAACAUUUUGGCCUAAGAAUGCAUAUUAAGUUUAUCCAGCAUCAUUCAGGAUCUGCCUUCAUAAAUAGAUCUUACCUCUAAAAUAUAGUUUUGGCUUACUUAAAUUUCUUUGAAAACAAGACAGUUUUACAACAUUCACCUCCAUCAAAUAAAUUGUUUGACUUUUUAUUUUGAUGUUAUAGAGACAAAUGUUUACCGACAUUAUAUUGAUUUUCAUCAUUUUAUUAAUAUAUUAUUGUGAGAGUUCUCUACCAAGUUAAUUAAGAUAUACAGAUAAUAAAACUCGGCAUGCAAAGAAUGUCUGCAUUAGAGGAUCAAAGUCUGCUGUCCAUUAGAAAAUAAAUAUUUCCAUACAUUAAAAUUCUAUCAUGGUGCAGAGGCUUAGGGGACUUAAAAAAUUAAAUUGGUUGUUCAUACCUUGUCACCUCCAUGUGAUUUCUUUUGUUUUAGCCAAGUUAGUGUUGAAACCAUGUUAGAAUUUUAGCAUGUUGUAA